AUGGCUGCUGGCUGCCUGCUGGCCUUGACUCUGACACUUUUCCAAUCUUUGUUGAUCGGCCCCUCGUCGGAGGAGCCGUUCCCUUCGGCCGUCACUAUCAAGUCAUGGGUGGAUAAGAUGCAAGAAGACCUUGUCACCCUGGCAAAAACAGCAAGUGGAGUCAAUCAGCUUGUCGAUAUUUAUGAGAAAUACCAAGAUUUGUAUACUGUGGAGCCAAAUAAUGCACGCCAGCUGGUGGAAAUUGCAGCCAGGGAUAUUGAAAAACUUCUGAGCAACAGAUCCAAAGCCCUGGUGCGUCUAGCUUUGGAAGCAGAGAAAGUUCAAGCAGCCCACCAGUGGAGAGAGGAUUUUGCAAGCAAUGAAGUUGUCUACUACAAUGCAAAGGAUGAUCUUGAUCCAGAAAAGAAUGAUAGUGAACCAGGCAGCCAGAGGAUAAAACCUGUUUUUAUCGAUGAUGCUAAUUUUGGGCGACAAAUAUCCUAUCAGCACGCAGCCGUUCAUAUUCCCACUGACAUCUAUGAGGGCUCAACAAUUGUAUUAAAUGAACUCAACUGGACAAGUGCCUUAGAUGAAGUUUUCAAGAAAAAUCGAGAAGAAGAUCCUUCAUUGUUGUGGCAGGUGUUUGGCAGUGCUACAGGCCUGGCCCGAUAUUAUCCAGCUUCUCCAUGGGUUGAUAACAGUAGAACUCCAAACAAGAUUGACCUUUAUGAUGUACGCAGGAGACCAUGGUACAUCCAAGGAGCUGCAUCUCCCAAAGACAUGCUUAUUCUGGUUGAUGUGAGUGGGAGUGUUAGUGGAUUGACACUUAAACUGAUCCGAACAUCUGUCUCUGAAAUGUUGGAAACCCUCUCGGAUGACGAUUUUGUGAAUGUAGCUUCAUUUAACAGCAAUGCCCAGGAUGUAAGCUGUUUUCAGCACCUCGUCCAAGCAAAUGUGAGAAAUAAGAAAGUGCUGAAAGAUGCAGUGAAUAAUAUCACAGCAAAAGGAAUCACAGAUUAUAAGAAGGGAUUUAGUUUUGCUUUUGAACAGCUGCUUAAUUAUAAUGUGUCUAGAGCCAACUGCAAUAAGAUUAUCAUGUUGUUCACGGAUGGAGGAGAAGAGAGAGCUCAGGAGAUAUUUACCAAAUACAACAAAGACAAAAAGGUCCGUGUAUUCACAUUUUCAGUUGGUCAACAUAAUUAUGACAGAGGACCUAUUCAAUGGAUGGCCUGUGAAAAUAAAGGUUAUUAUUAUGAAAUUCCUUCCAUUGGAGCAAUAAGAAUCAAUACUCAGGAAUAUUUGGAUGUUCUGGGAAGACCAAUGGUUUUAGCUGGAGACAAAGCUAAGCAAGUCCAGUGGACAAACGUAUACCUGGAUGCACUGGAACUGGGACUUGUCAUUACUGGAACUCUUCCGGUCUUCAACAUAACCGGCCAAAAUGAAAAUAAGACAAACUUAAAGAAUCAGCUGAUUCUUGGUGUGAUGGGAGUUGAUGUGUCUUUGGAAGAUAUUAAAAGACUAACACCACGUUUUACAUUGUGCCCCAACGGCUAUUAUUUUGCAAUUGAUCCUAAUGGUUAUGUUUUAUUACAUCCAAAUCUUCAGCCAAAGAACCCCAAAUCUCAGGAGCCAGUAACUUUGGAUUUCCUUGAUGCAGAAUUAGAGAACGAUAUUAAAGUGGAGAUUCGAAAUAAAAUGAUAGAUGGAGAAAGUGGAGAAAAAACAUUCAGGACUCUGGUUAAAUCUCAAGAUGAGAGAUAUAUUGACAAAGGAAACAGGACAUAUACAUGGACUCCUGUCAAUGGCACAGAUUACAGUUUGGCCUUGGUAUUACCAACCUACAGUUUUUACUAUAUAAAAGCCAAAAUAGAAGAGACAAUAACUCAGGCCAGAUGUAAGUACUGUGAAAAUUCAGAAACUCUGAAACCAGAUAAUUUUGAAGAAUCUGGCUAUACAUUCAUAGCACCAAGAGAUUACUGCAAUGACCUUAAAAUAUCAGAUAAUAACACCGAAUUUCUUUUAAAUUUUAAUGAGUUUAUUGAUAGAAAAACUCCAAACAACCCAUCAUGCAACACAGACUUGAUUAAUAGAGUCUUGCUGGAUGCAGGCUUUACAAAUGAACUUGUCCAAAAUUACUGGAGUAAGCAGAAAAACAUCAAGGGAGUGAAAGCACGAUUUGUUGUGACUGAUGGUGGGAUUACCAGAGUUUAUCCGAAAGAGGCUGGAGAAAAUUGGCAAGAAAACCCAGAAACAUAUGAGGACAGCUUCUAUAAAAGAAGCCUAGAUAACGAUAACUAUGUUUUCACUGCUCCCUACUUUAACAAAAGUGGACCUGGUGCUUAUGAAUCAGGCAUUAUGGUAAGCAAAGCUGUAGAAAUUUACAUCCAAGGAAAGCUUCUUAAACCUGCAGUUGUUGGAAUUAAAAUUGAUGUAAAUUCCUGGAUAGAGAAUUUCACCAAAACAUCAAUCAGGGAUCCGUGUGCUGGUCCAGUUUGUGACUGUAAAAGAAACAGUGAUGUAAUGGAUUGUGUUAUUCUAGAUGAUGGUGGGUUCCUUUUGAUGGCAAAUCAUGAUGAUUAUACUAACCAGAUUGGAAGAUUUUUUGGAGAGAUUGAUCCAAGUUUGAUGAGACACCUGGUUAAUAUAUCAGUUUAUGCUUAUAACAAGUCCUAUGAUUAUCAGUCGGUGUGUGAGCCAGGAGCGGCACCAAAGCAAGGAGCAGGGCAUCGCUCAGCAUACGUGCCAUCAAUAGCCGACGUAUUACACAUCGGCUGGUGGGCCACUGCUGCUGCCUGGUCUUUUCUACAGCAGUUUCUCUUGAGUUUGACCUUUCCACGACUUCUUGAGGCAGUUGAGAUGGAAGAUGAUGACUUUACGGCCUCUCUGUCAAAGCAGAGUUGCAUUACUGAACAAACCCAGUAUUUUUUCGAUAACGAUAGUAAAUCAUUUAGUGGUGUAUUAGAUUGUGGAAACUGUUCCAGAAUCUUCCAUGUAGAAAAACUUAUGAACACCAACUUAAUAUUCAUAAUGGUUGAGAGCAAAGGAACUUGUCCCUGUGACACGCGGUUGCUCAUACAAGCAGAGCAGACUUCUGAUGGUCCAGAUCCUUGUGACAUGGUGAAGCAACCCAGAUACCGAAAAGGGCCUGAUGUCUGCUUUGAUAAUAAUGCCUUGGAGGAUUAUACCGACUGUGGUGGUGUCUCUGGAUUAAACCCCUCCCUGUGGUCCAUCAUCGGCAUCCAGUGUGUAUUACUUUGGCUUUUAUCUGGCAGCAGACACCACCAGUUAUGA